AUGCAGCAACUGGAAGCUGCAAGAACAUCAGCUGAGGCCUCUCAGAGGCAGUUUGUGGAGAUGAUGGCUGGUGGAAGAACUACUGCAGGUUCUACAUCUACUCCAGCCCUUGUGCAAGAAUGGACAUUGGAGAACUUUCUACAGCACCGUCCUGCUAGAUUUACUGGACAGUGUACACCGGAUGAGGCUGAUCAGUGGCUCAGGGAUAUGGAGAGGAUUUAUCAGGCUAAGAGGUGCCCUGAAGAGAACAGACUGUCAUAUACAGAGUAUUUACUUUCAGGCGAUGCUAGUCAUUGGUGGAGNAGUGCUAGAUCAUUAUUGGAGAGUACUAAUGUUCCAAUCACUUGGGACACUUUCAAAACCAAGUUCUAUGAGGAAUACUUUCCUAACAGUGUGCGAUUCGCCAAAGAGGUUGAGUUCUUGCAACUGGUUCAGGGUAAUAUGACAGUCUCAGAGUAUGCAGAUAAGUUUAAACACCUGUUGCGGUUUCAUACCCUGGCCAUGAAUGAGGAAUACCAAUGUCGGAAAUUCGAGAAUGGGUUGAGAAGCGACCUCAAGAUCUUGGUUGCUGGCUUUUGUAUCCAACAGUUUCCCGUUCUAGUGGAGAGAACUAAGAUGAUGGAACGGAUGAAGAGAGAAUCGGACAGCCAGAGUAGGCAACCACUGAGAGUUAGUGGUCCAGUGACGACGAGGAGUGGAUCUAGUUCCAGAGUGACUCCUUACUCUAGACCUGCUGCUUCCCAUGGGUCUAGAGGAUCUUCAUCAUCUCACUCCUCCGUUCAUCAAACUCCAGUGAGUAUGCCUGGAGGUAUCCGCUGUUUUGGGUGUGGCGGACCCCAUCUACUAUCUGUCUGCCCUCAGAAGACAGGAUUCCGAAGGUGUAACAAGUGCGGACAGCCGGGACACUUUGAGAGAGACUGCCCUAUGGGUAGGAGGACUGUUGUUCAUCCCCAACCGGUUGACAGAGCUAUCCGGAGGGGUGGUGUUAGACCCUUGGCGACGGGCAGAGUGUAUGCAGUUACUGGUGCAGAGGCUGCCAGCUCAGGUAACCUCAUCAUUGGUAGCUGUUUGUUGCGUGAGAAACCUUGUAUGGUAUUGUCUGACUCGGGUGCAACCCAUUCCUUUAUCUCGGAGGAAUGUGUUGAGAAGUUGGGAUUAGCUAUGGAGAGAUUGCACUUCGAUCUGGUAGUGUCUACACCAGCAUCUGGGUUGAUCAAGACAUCGAAUGUCUGCAUUCGAUGCCCGAUUGUGGUAGAGGGACGUCGGUUCAAGGUGAACCUCAUCUGCUUGCCUUUGCAAGGAUUAGAAAUCAUCCUUGGUAUGGAUUGGUUAUCUACCAAUCAUAUUCUCUUAGAUUGCGGUGAGAAGAAAUUAGUAUUCUCUAAUGAGCACGAGUAUCAGCCUAUAUCACUCGGCGUUCUUAGACAGGAGAUCUUUGAGGGAGCUAGUUGCUUCCUUGUCAUGUCUCUCUUAGAGGGAGACUCCUCCGUGCCAUUAGAUCAAGUUGCCAACCUUCCAGUGGUAGCUGAAUUCUUAGAUGUCUUCCCUGGGGAAGUUCCUAGCCUACCUCCUCCUAGAGAGGUAGAGUUCUCUAUAGACCUUGUGCCACAAGCAGGGCCUAUCUCUAUUGCUCCUUACCGCAUGGCGCCUGCUGAGCUUGCUGAGCUGAAGAAACAAAUUGAGGAAUUGCUUGAGAAGCAAUUUAUUAGGCCAAGCGUCUCUCCNUGGGGUGCUCCAGUAUUAUUGGUAAAGAAGAAANACGGUAGUUCUCGUCUGUNUGUAGACUACCAGCAAUUGAAUAAAUUGACCAUCAAGAACAAGUAUCCGCUGCCAAGAAUUGAUGACUUGAUGGAUCAAUUACAUGGAGCUGCAAUCUUUUCAAAGAUUGAUCUGAGGUCGGGUUACCAUCAGAUAUUGGUCAAAGCUGAUGAUAUACAGAAGACAGCUUUCCGGUCUAGAUAUGGCCAUUAUGAGUACGUCGUCAUGCCUUUCGGUGUGACCAAUGCCCCGGCCAUUUUCAUGGAUUACAUGAACCGGAUCUUCCGACCGUUUUUGGAUAAGUUUGUCGUCGUAUUCAUUGAUGACAUCCUUAUCUAUUCUAAGACAAGAGAAGAGCAUGUGAAUCAUCUUAGAACGGUGCUUGAAGUGUUGAGAGAAAGGAAAUUAUAUGCCAAACUUUCUAAGUGUGAGUUUUGGAUGGAAGAGGUGCAAUUUUUAGGCCAUCUGAUUUCAGCUGGUGGCAUUUCUGUGGAUCCAGCUAAGGUGCAAGCUGUGUUGCAAUGGGAAAGGCCUAAAACUGUUACAGAAGAUGAGGAUGUUCAAGAGCAGGAUGACUAUAGUGAGGAAGAAGAUGAAGAUGAACAUGAAGAUGGAUAUGAAGUUGAAGAUGAUGGAUUUCCAAGAGGUCCACAAGACACCUCCUUGCUUACACAUUAUUCCCAGUAUGUUGCAUAUGCCAUAUGGCAAGGCCAGGAUCGAGGGGAGAUUCAAUUGAGGGGACACCUUCCUGAUGACAUCCCGGUGCCCCCAGUUCGUCGUAGACGGUCGCUUGAUAAUAUAUUGUUGGGUGAUAUGAGGCGUGUCAUCAGGAUGCUGCAGGGCAUGUUAAGCUGUCAACACGUUGCUCGUAGAUCUGUUGAGGAGUACAAGGAUUCUACUACUAGUAGAGGUGCUCGUCAUUUGCGUGGACGAGCAUCAUUUUCUUGA